GCUUGAUUCAGUCGAUCAUGAUAGAGGAUGGAUUCAUUAUAGGAAGUCUGUUAAAAAUAGCAUCAAAAUUGUCCGACUCUAGAUCGUGUCCGACUCUUAGAUCACUCUACCCUAAGGCUAAACUGAAUGAUUACUUCAAGAUUUUAGAGGAUCAGAGUAAAUCAGUACCAAAUGAUGCCAGACAGAUCAGGUAUUGUAAAUACAUCACCAGAUUUGCCUCUCAUUUCGGGAAAGAACGUUGUCAGGUGGUGGGAAGUACAAUAGAGGGAACACGACUCAGAUCUCACAAAGAUGAGGGGGACUUUGACUAUCUUAUAAUAUCGGGAAUCUCAAUUCCUGUGGAGGCGUUGGAACACAGAGAUGAUUUGCAAUGUUUUGUACACAUACGUGUGGAUAAAUUGAAUGUUUUCUUUUCUGAUGAUCUUGUGGUGGAUGGAAAAUACCUUCAUAGACGAAUUCUGAAAGGUCUUGGUAAAGAAGCUUUUAAAAUUCUGAGAGGGCUAUCCCCUGUGCUCACAGCCCCAAGAAAGUCAAAAGGAAAAGACAUAGAACAUAUGGAAUUCAAUCGAGAAGCAAAACCCGGAAUGACCCAAGAGCAUUUUGCUGGUUUCGAAAUAUCAAAUCAAAGCGAAAACACAUCUAAGCGUAAACAUUCCCAAACAGAACCAAAUGGGGAAGCAAAUUAUACUUUUAAGGCACCACUGAAAAACAUUCUGAAAAUGGUUGACAAAAAGAAAACGGGUGAGGAUACAAAAACUGACCUGUUUCAAACCUUCGAUAGUUUGAUAGAUGCAGCUUCUUUAUCUGAAAGAGAUUUAUCUGCACCGUCGUCAAAGAUGCGAAAACUAGACGCACAAGUGUGUAACACAGAGUGCCAACGUGGUUAUGACAUGUCCUAUCAAGUUGUUAAAUAUAAUUACAAGAGCAGCAAGGAUUUUAUUGCCGCCUUUCCCCUGAGAGGAAAACUACGGUGUCUGGAUGAAUGGAAACAUAGAAUGAUGAAAAGGAAAGUGAUGUUUUGGCCAAAGCCAGAAAUCAUAGAAGAAAUUUACAAUUCCGAAGUGUAUGUGGUAGCCAAGGAAGCAAUUAUAAAUCCAAAGCCUUUAGUUGACUUUUGUCUGGGAUUUAAUCAAGCGGAAUUGAUUUUAGCAAAAUCCCUGAGUCCUAAUCAGAAGCUGUGCAUACUAUUAUUAAAAUCUCUACAGAAAGGUUUCCUUGAAGCAUUCUCAGAUAGUAUUUUGACGACUUUCCACUGGAAAACUGCAUUUUAUCACAAGUGUGAGCAGAUUGAUCCCGACCUAUUUGAUCGCCAGUCAACAUUGUUGUUGCCUCUUAACAUGGUCCUGUCUUACAUGGUAGAAUGUUUAAACAGGGGAUAUUUACGGCAUUACUUCAUAGAAAGCAACUUAAUAGCUCACAUUUCUCCAGCGGAAGCCAGUAGAAUCAGUGCCAAUAUUCAAGAAAUUAUAGAGAAACCAGAAAGCGCAUUCAAAGUUUACUUUGACCGGAAAAAAUGUGAAGAAAAAGAAACAACAGUGAUUUCAAAGGAAGAAUUGCUACAAGUAACACAACACGAUUCGGAAGCAUCAGGAAAUCUCCAGAUAGAUAAAAUCAUUGACAUGUGGAAACAACUUCAAGAAGCCUCCGACAGAAAUAAUUCUAAAAUAUUCACAGCUAUUCUGGAUACCCUACGUCUGGUUAUAGAAGAAGAGACGGACCAUGACUUCAAAAAAGCCCUCAUCUCUUUACAAAAUGGAAAGGUGAUUCCAGUUUUAGCAGUUGCCAGAAAUAUCACGAAUGUUAGAGAAAAGCAACAGGAUUAUAAUGAAAUAGCAUCGAGUACAUGGCAAAAGUUACUUUCAGAGAGACGUUGAUU